AUGGAUGGGAUUCUUGUUGCUUUUGCUAAAGAAAAAGCCACUGUCCAACAGCUGGCAUGGAAGGUCAUAUUGCUUCUUAAUGGUGAAGGGGCACUGCUGGCAUAUUCUGGCUACGACAACAAAGAUGCCAAAGUGACAGCAGCUAUUGCCAGCAACAUAUGGUCAGCAUACGAAAAGUCCGGUCAUGUGGCAUUCGGAGAGGACAAGUUGAAGUACAUACUUAUGGACUACUCGCUGUACAGCGACGACAGGGAAAUGUACGUUAGCAUCUGCGAGGAGCUCGGACUGACGCCGCUCAGCUACUUCGUCAACCACGUCGGCGAGACGGAGCUGAAGAUCCGCGGCUACAACCUGGGGGCGCUGGGCACGCUGCCGAUCGCACGCACCAUCAUGGCGAACAAAACGGUGAACACUUUGCACCUGGAGGGCAAUAAUCUGAGUGAGAGAGGCGGGCAGUACCUGGCGGCCGUACUGGAGACCAACACACACCUGAGGAUUCUGAAUUUAGCAGACAACAACCUCGGCGAUGAUGGAGGCCGCUCAUUGGUCAGUGCUUUACUGCGCAACACCACUCUACAGGCCCUCGAUCUGUCCGGUAACAACUUCACAGACAGGGUUGCCCGUGACAUCAGCGAAGCCCUGAAGAAGAACAAGGGACUUCGCAGCUUGAAGCUGAGCCACAACACUAUCGGCAAUGAAGGAGCCGAGCUACUCGCAAAGGCAAUAGUAAAGAACGUACACCUGAGAAAUCUCGAUCUAAGUUGGAACCACAUUCAACCGGAAGGUGGAGCCGCCAUCGCCAAGGCCCUCGAGAAAAAUACAGAGCUGAAGUUACUCAACCUGGAGAUGAACGCAUUAGGGAACGACGGCGCUAACUCGGUAGCACAGAUGUUGUUAGGCAACCGCACCAUGGUGGAGAUCAACAUCAGUGCUAACCGCAUCGAUGAUAGGAUCGUCCCAACCCUGGCGCGAGCGCUCAGGGUAAACGCCCGCCUGGAGAUAUUCAGGGUUGGCAAGAAUUCACUGGAGCCAGAGAGUUCAGGCAACCUGCUGUCAGCUGCAUACGACAACAAGCAUCACCCACUCGUUCUACUCGACCUUACGGACACGCCCGUGUACAACAAGAUGCUCGAUAUCGCGCGCAAGCUUGCCAAGGUCAAGCCCGGCUUCAGCUUCGUGCACGGCGCCAUCUUGUACGGAUCCAAACCCAAGUACCGAGACGAUGCGGACCUGACAAAGGAGAGCCCACUCACCAUCCUGCGCUGGCACAUCGCCAAGAACAACCUGCGACUCAUCGACUUCUUCAAGCAGUUGGACACCAAGCACAACAUGGUGCUUAGCACGAUGGAACUUCUCGAUGGACUAAAGUUGACUGGCGUUCCCCUCACUAAGUAUCAGUCGUCGGAACUCAUUGCACUUCUGGACACAGAUUCUGACGGUCUCAUCGAGUUCAGGGACUUUGUCAUCCUGGAGAAGCGUUACCGCGAGCAGCAGCGGCACGAGCAGCAGAACAACGGCGGCGGCAGGCUGACGCGGCAGACGACGCAGGCGCUCAUCGAACCGCACGGCGCAGCCGACCGUCGCAGAUACGUCAAGGCGCCAUCUAGCGGAGGCAGCGGAGGCGGCACGGCGAGGCAGUCGAUGGUGCGGCUGCCUCCCCUCAGCAAGGAUGGCUACAUGAGCGGUGGCUCGCCCAUCGACAAGACACGUCCGUACUGAGACGGGCGGGACGAGGGAGGAGUGCGGGAAGGUGGAGGAGCGGAAGGAGAGAUGUAGAGAGGAAGGAGGAUAGGUAGAGGGACCGAGGGGGGAAUAAUAGAAGAUUAGGGUGUCGAGAAGGUAGCAAGCUGAGAGGUGAGAAGUGAGGGGAAGCAAGGAGUAAUAAAAAACGAGGGAAUGCUGUAUAAAGGUAGGUAGGAGUAAGGAGAUAGGUGGAGGGGUGAGGAAAGAUGGUGGGAUAGUGUAAAACGGCAGUGAGGGGUAAGGGGGAAAGUGGAGGGGAGUGAAGCACCGUGAACAAGGGGCUGCGGGUAAUGGAGGAAAAAAUCACAACUAUUAUUAUUUAUUUAUUUAUUUAUUUAUGCUUAUACUAUACGGUUUCACGCAGACGGAAUAUUCCUAAUUCUACACCUUUGCUAUCGAUUCGUUUGACAUCCAACAUCCAUAGAUGCAGCAGAAUAUGAUUAUGGCGACACAACUAUUCCAGAUUGUAGAGCGUGUAACCUAUGGAUUGCAAAGGCUUGUAUAAACAAUAAUCUCAAUGCAUUAUCACCUAUUUUAAUGAUAUACUGUUAUAUGUUUGACCAAUAAAGCUGAUAAUCUCAAAAUGUAUUCAUUUGUUGUUUGUAAAAUAUUAACAUAAAAUUAUGAAAUUACUCCAUAAAAAAUACACAAAAUAGUUCAUACAUUAACCAGUCUUUAAUCAGUAUGAUCUUCACUCACAAAUGAGUGUAGAAAGAUGUUGUGCACUACCUUCAGAUAUGUACAACCACAAGAUGGCGUGUCACUAUUUUGAAACUAUGCAAUGCAAUCUUAAGUAACCCCAUAAUGUGGCAUAACAUACAUGAUUAUACAAAUCAGUACAGACACAGAAAUGCCUGCUCCUGAUCGAUACACAAUUAAAUCAUCAGAUAUUUUCACUUGAAAUUUAUAGUUAAUAACGUUAACUUAUUAGGCUCUUUAAUUCAGACGGCAUAUUGUAGGCUUCUUGUAAUCAUGGAUGUGUUCAUGUCAAUAUGGAUCCCUGAAGUAAACGUCAUAUUCACUAGUGACUAUAACUUCUGUUCAACCAGUUAUAUCAGUCUACAACACAGAUUCAACACUCCUAAAAAAACUGCUGCUCGUUAAGGAACAGAUAUAUUUACAUGUCACUGUAAAGAUAAAAAGUGCGGAAGGCUCCACGUUCAAAAACGUUUUUAUGGCGAAAACAAAACGAAUAAAAAACAGAGGCAACUCCUAAAAAAUGCAUCCCGUUGUGACUGACUUGGAAUACCAUUUAAACAAUGUAAACGUCAGCAAUACACUGACAGCGCCAUAGCACGGUAGACUUGUUGCGUAGGUCAUCAUUUCAUUCGCCGAGACCGUCAUCCACAAAAGAGUAAUCUUAGCGUUAUCUACCAUACCGGGUAAUUGUUACAAAACAUACGACAAACCCAUGGUACAUGAGUAAAAUACGUUUAGCACAACCAGGUUUCUGAGAUGCCUGUACAAAGUGAGAGGGCAUACACCUGAUACACAGGUCCGAGUGUAAAGGGUGUUUGUUCACAUAUAGAUCACUGCAGAGGGUAGGGCGCCUGCUGACGCACUGAUCACUGCAGAGGGCGCCUGCUGACACACUGAUCACUGCAGAGGGGGCCUGCUGAC